AUGGUUUCCUCACGACUUUUGACGCUGGUAUUCAGCGUGUCAGUGUCGGCAGUGGCAAGUUUGAGGGCGCCAGUCAGUAGUGAGACGGCAUCUGCUCAUUGCAACAAGGCUCUGCCCACGGGACGAUCACCGGGUAACGACUAUACGAUUCCUUACACCGACAAGGAAGGACGUUCUCGAAGCUACCUUUUGUUCCUACCACCGAAAUAUUCCACAAAGGCCAACAAUCCGAUUAUAUUCUCCUACCACGGUGGAACUGAGACACCAGAGUCGCAGCGAGAUCUCGACCUCCUGGAAACGCCCUACUUCAAUACCGACCAUAUCGUCGUGUAUCUCCGUGGCUACCAGGAACGGUGGGAAGGCACCCCAAACAUCACCAAGAGAAACGACGUCGAGUACACCAGCAAUGUUCUAGACGACCUCCAAAAGAUAUACUGCAUCGACACGAGCCGCAUCUUCAUGACGGGAAAAUCCAACGGCGGUGGCUUUGUCAACUACGCCGCAUGCCAUAAAGAGCUUUCAGUACGCUUUGCCGCCUUCGCGCCCGUCUCCGGCUCGUUCUACAUCGAGGGGGCAGAAGGUUGCAAUCCCAAGACCGUGAAGAUCCCUUGCACGCCGGGACGGUCCAACAUUCCCAUGAUUGAGUUCCACGGCGGAAUCGACGGCACCAUCCCUUACGAAGGCAGUUCCAGCCGCCGCGGCGCGUGCUUACCUGACGUUUUCCACUGGGCGACCGAGUGGGCUCUCCGCGAUGGCCUCGACGAGAAGGCCUGCAAGAAGAACAUUACCUCGCGUGCGCAGAUGUACCGGUGGGGCAAAGGUAACAAGGAGGGCCUUGUCAGUCACGUCUAUGAACACGAUGUAAAUCAUAGUUGGCCCUACACUAAGGAGAACGCUGAUAACAAGGAGCAUGGAGAUGGUCCGGCAUCGUACAAUGCGUCGUCGUACAUUAUGGAAUUCUUCAGCAAACACACGCUGGCUUGA